CUCUUACUCCGUACACACCGAUAAACUCCUUUUACUUUGCGCUGCCUACGAGAAUGGUUAACAUCGAUUUUUUCGCUGCCCAGCGGUGGAUUGAUACGGAAUCGCAAUUAGCCAAAUAUGACCUUUCCAGCUCUUGCGCUGCGUCUGUCUCAAUUGAGGAGCUGUCAUCCCUCGCCGAAGGCGAACAGGAUAGGAACCCGCCGCUUCCAGCUUCCAUCUUGACCAUGCCAUUAUGUUACGGUGAGGCCUACCAGGGCUCAAAACAGCUUCGAACAACCAUAGCCAAUCUUUAUUCUAUUAAGAUUCCGACUCCACUGCCCGUCGAUAACGUUUUGAUCACACCUGGUGCCUCGUUAGCCAACCUCGUGGUCUUCCACGCUUUAUGUAGCCCUGGGGACCACGUUAUUGUUCAGUACCCUACUUAUCAGCAAUUGUAUUCUUUGCCAAAGUCGAUCGGUGUCGAAGUUACCCUGUGGAAGAGCAAAGAGAAAGAUAAAUGGCAGUUGGAUUUAGAAGAGCUGAAGGAUCUCAUCAAGCCAAAUACCAAGAUGAUUGUUCUAACGAAUCCGGCGAAUCCCACAGGAGCCAUAACUCCACGUUCUCAACUUCAAGCCAUUGUAGAAAUCGCAAAGGAACACUCGAUAAUCGUAUUUAGCGACGAAAUAUUUAGACCUCUGUUCCACUCAAUAACUCCUAUGGAUCCGGAAUUCCCUCCAUCUGCACUAUCGCUUGGAUACGAGAAUGUGUUAGUGUCCGGCUCCCUCUCCAAAUGCUAUUCCCUUCCAGGAAUCCGUGUUGGCUGGCUCGCUUCUCGGAACAGCGAUUAUAUUGCAAGUUGUCUCAAUUAUCGUUCAUAUUCCACGAUCUCGAUGAGCCAUCUAGAUGAGGCUGUAGCCUCUUUUGCGCUCGACGGCAAGUGUAUACAUAGCCUGCUCCAACGAAAUAUGGGUCUUGCCAAACAGAACAUUGCGAGUGUGGAAUCAUUUAUUGAACAGCACCGAUGGGCGUGCGAUUGGGUUCGACCGGUCGCGGGGACGAUAGGAUUUAUCAAGUUUUCCAAAAUGGGCAAACCAGUGGACGACGUGGAAUUCUGUAGACGACUACAAGAUAAGAAAGGGGUGCUGUUGGUUCCGGGGAGCUACGGCUUCGGGAACCGAGAAGAUUUUAAAGGCUAUAUCCGCAUUGGCUAUGCCAUGAAGCCUGAGAUAAUGGAAGCGGGACUUGAGGCUCUGAGAGAGUUCAUGGAGGAAGAAUUCGAGAAUGUCCCUUUGGCUGGGACCAAUAAACUAGCACUUAGAUGAUGCAGUAGACCAGAAGGUUAACCGCAUAUGCAGUUGGGUUCUCAGGCACAUUGAGUCUACUCCGGCUAGAUAAUAA